GAGGUCGUGCCCCGGAAGUAAAGGGGCCAUGUUGAUGGGUGACCCCGAGAGAGGUACUGGGCGAGUGGAGAGUCCUAAGGAGAGGUAGCGCGUGGCCCGCGGGGAUUUCGGGAGGAUUCCUCCUUCCAGUAUAGUUCUGAGCUUGGUGUGCACUGGGCCCCGGCUGGGAAAGUUUACAGAACACCCGGAAGUGCUGCACAUAGUGUGACGCUUAGUGCUUGUCAGUCCCCCAUGGCCCCGUGGAGCAGAGAGGCGGUUCUGAGUCUAUACCGGGCUCUGCUGCGCCAAGGCCGAGAGCUUCGCUACACUGAUCGAGACUUCUACUUUGCUUCCAUCCGUCGUGAAUUCAGGAAAAAUCAGAAGCUUGAGAAUCUAGAGGCUCGGGAGAAGCAGCUGGAGAAGGGCCUGGUCUUCCUCCGUAGCAAACUUGGAGGUCUUGUUUAG